AUGGUGACGGCGCGGGAGGCGAGGGAGGCGGCGGCGGCGGCGGCCAUGGACGCGAGCAAGUACGUGCGCUACACGCCGGAGCAGGUGGAGGCGCUGGAGCGGCUCUACUACGAGUGCCCCAAGCCGAGCUCGCUGCGGCGGCAGCAGCUGGUCCGGGAGUGCGCCGUGCUGGCCAGCGUCGACCCCAAGCAGAUCAAGGUGUGGUUCCAGAACCGCCGCUGCCGGGAGAAGCAGCGCAAGGAGUCCGGCCGCCUGCAGUCGCUCAACCGCAAGCUCGCCGCCAUGAACAAGCUGCUCAUGGAGGAGAACGACCGCCUCCAGAAGCAGGUCUCCCACCUCGUCUACGAGAACGGUUACUACCGCCAGCAGACGCACAGCGUACGCCCUCCUCCACCUCCCCCGUCCCCGGCGACGAUGAUGAGCCCACCUCCCUUGUUGCCGCCGCCGCGAGCUCACGCCUUUACUCCUCCUCCUCCUGUUCUCCCGUUGCCGUUGCAGGCGGGGCUGGCCACCACGGACACGAGCUGCGAGUCGGUCGUCACCAGCGGCCAGCAGAACGGCGUCGUCGUCGUGCCGCCGCCGCCGCCCCGCGAUGCCAGCCCUGCUGGAUUGAUGUCCAUCGCGGAGGAGACAUUAACGGAGUUUCUGUCCAAGGCCACCGGAACCGCCGUCGAGUGGGUCCAAAUGCCUGGGAUGAAGCCUGGUCCGGAUUCCAUUGGAAUCAUCGCCAUCUCGCAUGGCUGCGCGGGUGUUGCUGCGCGAGCUUGCGGCCUCGUAGGCAUGGAGCCUGCCAAAGUUGCCGAAAUCCUCAAGGAUCGGCCACUGUGGCUGCGUGAUUGCCGCUCUAUGGAGGUAGUAAAUGUGCUGCCUGCUGGUAGCAAUGGCACGAUCGAGCUGCUCUACAUGCAGCUCUAUGCUCCGACGACAUUAGCACCAGCUCGUGACUUCUGGUUGAUGCGGUACACCUCCAUUCUUGAUGAUGGAAGCCUAGUGGUAUGUGAAAGAUCACUCAGUACCAAGCAAGGAGGCCCCAGCAUGCCCCUUGUGCAGCCUUUUGUUAGAGGUGAGAUGCUUCCCAGCGGGUUCUUGAUCCGGCCUAGUGAUGGUGGAGGUAGCGUGAUUCACAUCGUUGACCAUUUGGACCUGGAGCCUUGGAGUGUGCCUGAAGUUGUGAGGCCGCUGUAUGAAUCUUCUGCCAUGGUGGCCCAGAAGAUGUCGAUGGCGGCCUUGCGCUAUCUCAGACAAGUUGCUCAUGAAGAUACUCAUUCUGUAAUCACUGGAUGGGGCAGACAGCCUGCAGCCUUGCGGGCUCUGAGCCAAAAGCUCACCAGAGGUUUCAAUGAAACUCUUGGCGGGCUUGCUGAUGAUGGAUGGUCCGUGAUUGAGAGCGAUGGCGUAGAUGAUGUUUGUAUCUCUGUUAAUUCAUCCCCGAGUAAAUUGAUGAGUUGCAACGCAACAUUCAAUGAUGGACUGCCCAUGGUUAGUACUGGUGUUCUUUGUGCAAAGGCGUCGAUGUUGUUGCAGGAUGUCUCACCACCAUCACUACUGCGGUUUUUGCGGGAGCAUCGGUCGCAGUGGGCCGAUAGCAGUUUAGAUGCAUUCUUUGCUUCCGCGCUGAAACCGAAUUUCUGCAAUUUACCUAUGUCUCGUCUUGGAGGAUUUAGCGGCCAGGUUAUACUUCCAUUAGCGCACACGUUUGACCCUGAAGAAUUCUUGGAAGUUAUCAAGAUAGGAAAUGCCAGUAACUAUCAAGAUACAUUGAUGCAUCGUGAUCUUUUCCUGUUGCAGAUGUACAACGGGAUAGACGAGAACCCCAUGGGCACUUGUUCAGAGCUUAUCUUUGCACCCAUAGACGCAUCUUUCAGCGAUGAUUCUCCGCUGCUGCCCUCCGGUUUCCGCAUCAUUCCGAUCGACUCCCCUCUUGACACGUCUAGCCCAAACUGCACGUUGGACCUCGCGUCCACCCUCGAGGCUGGAACACCCGGAAGCAGGAUAGCCGGUCACUCCAGGAGUGGAUCGAAGGCUGUCAUGACGAUCGCGUUUCAGUUUGCCUUCGAGAGCCACCUGCAGGACAGCGUGGCGGCCAUGGCGCGGCAGUACAUGCGCAGCAUCAUCUCGUCGGUGCAGAGGAUAGCGUUGGCGCUGUCGUCCUCGCACCUCGUGCCGCAUGGAAGCUCUCGCCUCCUCCCCCCUGUUACUCCGGAGGCGGCCACGCUCUCCCGAUGGAUUGUCCAGAGCUACAGAUUUCACUUCGGCGCCGAGCUCAUCAAAGCCGCAGACGCUGGCAGCGGCGAGUCGGCGCUCAAGGCCCUCUGGCACCAUACCAGCGCCAUCCUAUGCUGCUCUCUCAAGGCGAUGCCGGUGCUGACGUUCGCGAACCAGUCCGGGCUGGACAUGCUGGAGACGACGCUGGCGGCGCUCCGGGAGAUGACCAUGGACAAGGUGCUGGACUGCGACCAGGGGAGGAAGGGCCUGCUGUGCGCGGACCUGAUGGCGAGCGUCGCGGAGCAGGGGUACGCGUGCGUCGAGGGCGGGACGUGCGCGUCGAGCAUGGGCCGGCCGGCGUCGUACGGGAAGGCGGUGGCGUGGAAGGUGCUCGACGACGGCGGCGCCGGCGCCGGCGGCGCCCACUGCGUCUGCUUCGCCUUCAUGGACUGGUCCUUCGUUUAG